AAUUGACACAACAGUCUGUGAUAAAAUUACGCACACCAACAAAGUCGGCCAUGUCUGUCAGCGGUCCGCCGAUUGUCAUAAUGUAUUUUGAAGAUUUAAUGUGUUAAAACCCAUGUUUAUGUGAAGUUGUGACAAAAAAAUCGAUCAAUAUGAAUAUCAAAGCGGCACUUGCCAUUGGCAUGGUUUUUGUUGGGUGUUGUUCCAACGUGGUGUUUUUGGAGUUCGUAGUCAAAGAAGACCCAGGCGCCGGCAACUUGGCGACAUUCCUACAGUUUUUGUUCAUAGCUACAAUCGGAUUUUGCACGGUCGGCAAAUUCGGGACAGCAAGGCGGAAUAUACCGUUCAAACAAUACCUCUUGCUCGUAGGUUUCUUCUGGACCAGUAGCGUUGCCAAUAAUUAUGCCUUCGACUUCAAUAUACCAAUGCCCUUACACAUGAUAUUCCGCGCUGGGUCCUUAAUGGCCAAUAUGGCGAUGGGAGUUUGGAUUUUAAAGAAACAGUAUCCCGCGAUCAAAUACAUGUCCAUCUUCAUGAUAUCCGCUGGCAUCGCGAUAUGCACGAUACAGUCCAGCGGUGAUGUCAAAGCGCCGAGGGAGACUCACCAAGACGCGGCAGAGGAAGAGAAACUGAAGUUUAUCGACUGGCUUUGGUGGUGUUUAGGUAUAGCGAUACUAACCUUUGCGCUAUUCGUGUCCGCUCGCAUGGGUAUAUUCCAGGAAUCCCUGUAUUCCAAACACGGGAAGCAUCCCUGGGAGGCGUUGUAUUACACGCAUUUGCUGCCGUUAAUAAUCUGGUUGCCGACAACUCCGAAUUUAUUGAAUCACGUUAAAAUUGCAUUUGACACACCUAUCGUGGACUUCCUCGGCUUCGCAUUGCCUAGACAAGUGGUCUGGUUGAUUUUGUAUGUCGGGACGCAAGGUUUAUGCAUAAGCGCGGUAUACGUUUUGACCACGGAAUGCGCGUCUUUGGUGGUAACUCUAACUGUUACUCUGAGGAAGUUCGUGUCUUUACUCUUUUCGAUACUUUACUUCAGGAACCCUUUCACAUUCGGCCAUUGGAUCGGUACUUUCCUAGUUUUUCUCGGAACGAUGAUAUUUACGGAGCUACUGCAGAAAACGGUGCACAUGUUCGUACCUAAGGAUAAAAAGAAAGUGCAAUAACUUAUAUUUCUUUUGUAACAUGGGCCUAUUUUUAAAUAAAUGUCAUUUCAUAUUUGAAUCACAAACACAUUGAAUUAAACAUUUCGUUGUUGGUACCGCAUAAAUAACAAAGUACUAAUAACUAUAAUAUUAUAAUUCAGAACAGUUUAGGGCAAAAUUUAAGGAAUUUUGAGAACGAAGUACAUACAUUAACUUUAGGAUAAGUAGAAAAAUGUCUUUUCUAUUCCGAAAUCUGCUGAUAAAAAAUGUUUUUACGCCAAGAACGAUAAAGUUUUGCUCUUAAAUGUUAGGGUAGCUUUUAAGUAUUCAGGGAUUUAAUUAAGUUAUAAUUGUGAUAAUUUAAGCACGUCUUCAAUUUAGUUAUAAAGCGAAUAUUGUAAGAUCACGUUCGACAUUAAAAUUGCCAGAUUUAAAACCAAUAGUCAAUAAUCAGUUUGAGCCAAGCAAGCAUUUCAAUAGUGAGACUUGCACGCAAUUGUGACGUCAUACUUGCCUGCAGCACUUGUAAAACAAAACGCGGCAUAAUAAUGACAUUAACAAGUUAACUAUGGAACAAAAUAAAUAGUCUUUAUUAUCAUAAUAUUAUUUUAUAAUUGACGUUUGUAAAUAUAAGUAUAAAAAAAACUAUUAUGUUUCUUACACGUAGAAUUUUAAGUAGAUACCAUUUAUUCUUAAUAGUUUUCCGCAUAUUAAUCGUCUUAUAUCAAUUGUCCGCAUGACUUGCUGUUUUUUAUCAUCACGCAGCUGCUGUAUAUAAUCUUAUAAAGACACUAUCUCUAGAUAAUAAAACCGUAUAAAUGUGAGUCAAGUUCGAGCGUCCAUAGAGAUCCGUAACUCGUAAAAUUUGAGAUUUAAAAAAACAAUGGUUCAAAAAAACCUAAAAAAAUUCCCGUUUAUUUUAAAAACUGUAGACUAACGAAGCUUGUUUGUAAAGGAUUAUUGCUUGCUUCUUAAAAACACUGAGCUAGAUUAUCUGAUACGUGAUUUAUGUUUAACGCUUUGCAAA